UUGUAUCAAGUACAUGUGGGGUAAAUAUAGUACUUAGGUUCACUUAGCUAAUAACUCGACUUCUGAGUUCCACGCCACCAGCCCACCUUCCUACGUGUAUCCUUAUCGUCCAACCGACAUUUUAAUCUAAUCUACCAGGUAUCCAGGUCCCAGAAAACGCAUAUCAAAACUCGUCCUUUUUCCCGUCUGCCGAAUCGGUCCCUACGAGCUGUCGACCUUUAUGGUUUUCUACUCUCGGAUAUUAGAUCGCCUCCGCCUCUCAUUACCGGCAUGAGCGGACGGCUGAUAGCAGCGGUCGGGCGUCUCCCGGCGACACGCCCGGCCAUGGUUCGAGCCAUACGCCAAUAUCAUCACCUACCUUCAGGUGGUAUCCUCCGAGCUGAUGCUGCCGUACGUGCAACGCGGCGGCGGAUGUGGCCUCCGGUAAAUUCGUUCCAUCACGCCGUCAUCGUUCGCAAUGCGUCCUUUGCGCGAUUCUUGCCCCGACUGGUGGUUAAGUUUGUAAGGAUUCCUGCUAUGGCAGGUGGAGUGAUGAUAGGUGGUCUGGCCUGGAUUCAGUACCAAGCUACACAGGCUGGGAACUAUGCCUGGGACAUAAUUUAUACGACGAAGGACACAGUUACGAACACCGCGAUGGGAUUUCUGGAUGGUGCGAAAGAUAUUGCUAACCAGACGAAGCGAGGGUGGCAAAAUACGAAAGAUCAAGUUGAGCUGCCGGAGUGGAUGCAGAAGAUUCUCAGAUCACAGGAAGAGAUAGGUUCUGGGAAGCAAGGUGGUGGACCGGGUGGCGAGGAGCCCCCGAGGCAGAGCAGGGCGGGCGCCGCAGCUGCCGUAGGUGCAAGCGCUGCCGCGUACGGCUACGAGCAGUCAUCUGAUGAUGACCGUAGUGCAGAUGAGAUGGCCAAGGAUGACCAAAUGAUGGUGCUCACAAAGAAGAUGAUCGAAAUCAGAAAUAUUCUGUCAAGAGUUGGACAAUCUAGUACGCUCACUCUGCCCUCCAUUGUUGUCAUCGGAUCGCAGUCGUCCGGGAAGAGCUCCGUGUUAGAAGCUAUCGUGGGGCACGAAUUCUUACCAAAAGGAACAAAUAUGGUCACACGCAGGCCAAUCGAGCUUACCCUAAUCAACACCCCCGACGCCACUGCUGAAUACGGUGAAUUCCCGGAUCUGGGCCUUGGAAAGAUCUCCGACUUCUCCUCUAUCCAGCGAACUCUAACGGAAUUAAACCAGGCUGUUCCAGACAGCCAAUGCGUGUCAGACGACCCAAUCCGUCUUUCUAUCUCGUCGCCAAAUAUUCCGGAUUUAUCACUUAUCGACCUUCCUGGCUAUAUCCAAGUUGUGGGGCAAAACCAGCCGCUCGAGCUUAAGCAGAGGAUAUCAGAACUUUGUGACAAAUAUAUACAACCACCUAACGUUAUCUUGGCUAUUUCGGCUGCCGAUGUUGAUUUAGCUAACUCGGCGGCCCUCCGAGCUAGUAGACGAGUCGAUCCCCGGGGUGAACGGACAAUAGGUGUUAUUACGAAGAUGGAUCUUAUUGAUCCUACCCGGGGAGCUUCCAUUCUAGGUGAUAAGCAGUACCCGCUUCGUCUAGGCUACAUUGGAGUCAUCUCUCGUGUGCCGUCAACGUCCGGGUUAUUCAAGAAGGGCAACACAAAUUUAACAUCUACUAUUACUCGAAACGAAAACACUUUUUUCUCCGCUCACCCGACGGAAUUCGGUCCUGGCUCUGAUCUCCAGGUUGGGACUUCAACGCUACGCAAAAAGCUUAUGCACGUCCUAGAACAGACUAUGUCAGCUAGUCUACAGUCGACGAGUGAUUCCAUAAGGCAAGAACUUGAGGAAGCGACUUAUGAGUUUAAGGUCCAGUACAAUGACAGACCAUUAUCUGCCGAGUCAUAUUUGGCCGAGAGUCUGGAUGCUUUCAAACACUCUUUUAAGCAAUUUACCGAAGAAUUUGGUCGUCCUGAAAUGCACUGCCUCCUGAAGAACGAGCUUGAUCAACGGAUGCUUGACUUAUUAGCUGCGAGAUAUUGGAACAAGCCUAUCUACGAUUUAAGUGUCCCCAUCGCCGAGCCUAAUAACCUUGCCGAUCUUCCCAAAGCAGAUCCCAACUCCCUUUACUGGCGAAGACAACUCGACGCUUCCACAUCUGCACUUACGAAACUUGGCGUUGGUAGACUGGCCACCAACGUGGUAGCAAACUCGAUCCAAUCUCACAUCGACGCUUUAAUCAGCCAAUCUACUUUCGUCAACCAUCCAUAUGCACGACAGGCUAUCACAGAAGCCGCUUCGAGUAUUUUAAAUGACCGGUUUUAUAGUACCAGUGAUCAGGUCGAAAAUUGUAUCAAGCCUUUCAAGUUCGAGAUCGACAUGGAAGAGCGAGAGUGGACCACAGGUAGGGAACACGUUCAAGGUGUGUUGAAGAAGGAACUGUCUGCAUGUGAAGGUGCUAUGAAAGAUCUCGAGACAGUAGUUGGUGGGCGGAGAAAACUGAGGGAAGUUGUCAACUUUGUCGACAAGGCUAGGAAAGGCGAUGUGGUCGUCGAGGGCGACAGCCGCAGCGGUGCAGGAGGCUUUAGCGCCGAGUUGCUUGCGAAAGGUCGAGAAGCCGUUUUCUUACGUGACCGCGCCGAUAUCAUCAAGAUGCGGAUGCUUGCAGUGAAGUCGAAACAGUGCAGUAAUAUGAAGAAUAAAUACCACUGCCCUGAAGUCUUUUUGGAUGCAGUGGCUUCGAAACUUGCAUCAACGGCCGUACUUUUCCUUAACGUGGAGCUACUCUCUGAAUUCUACUACAACUUUCCGCGAGAGCUAGACUUAAGACUUGGACGCCACCUAUCGGACGAGGAGGUGGAAAGGUUUGCCAAGGAAGACCCCAAGAUCAGGAAGCAUCUGGAAGUCAUUAGGCGUAAGGAGCUUCUCGAACUAGUACUCGAGAAGAUGGAUAGCCUAAGGCAGCUCGAAGGUAUAGAAAGAGACCGUUCAAGGACAAGUGUAAAGAAAGGCAGCGAGAAAGAACGUGGACGAUGGGGGUUAUUCUGAGUUAUUAAAAUAUCUAGUUAUUACUA